CAUUGAAAAGAUGAUGUUCUCUGCAUAAUAUACUAAUCAUUUGGGGUGGUAGCAGUGGUCUGUGUGAAAGAAGUGAGGUUGUAUCACAAAGAUGGAAGAGGAGAAGCUUGAAACUUCACCAUUGUUGAAGAAAAAGUAUCAUGAGAACUGUCCUGCUUGUAAGGUGGAUCAAGCCAAGGAGAACAAAAAGGAAGCUUCCUUUAUAAAUCUUUCUUUCAUAUGGUUGGCUGUGUUGAGUGGCACGUUGCCUGUAGCAUCACUCUUUCCCUUUGUUUAUUUCAUGGUGAAAGAUUUUAACAUUGCAGAAACAGAGGAAGAUAUAAGUACAUAUGCUGGUUAUGUGGGAUCAUCGAUGAUGUUUGGUAGGGCUUUGACAUCAAUAUUGUGGGGUAUGAUUUCUGAUCGAUAUGGUAGAAAACCUGUUAUCAUUAUUGGGAUCAUCACUGUUGUUAUUUUCAACACACUAUUUGGUCUCAGCACCAGUUUUUGGAUGGCUGUUAGCAUGAGAUUUCUUCUUGGAAGUUUAAAUGGCUUACUUGGACCAAUAAAGGCUUAUGCAACUGAAAUUUUUAGAGAAGAAGAUCAAGCCCUAGGACUCUCAACAGUGGUUGCUGCUUGGGGUGUAGGGUUAGUCAUUGGUCCAGCAUUGGGAGGUUAUUUGGCUCAGCCAGUGUUGAAAUACCCAAAUGUAUUUCCAGCGGAUUCAUUCUGGGAUAGGUUUCCAUACUUCUUGCCGUGCUUCAUAAUAUCAGCUUUUGCGUUUGCAUCAGCAAUUGCUUGCAUUAUUUGGCUCCCAGAGACUCUUCAUAAUCACAAUGAAUCCAGCAACACUGCUCGAGUUAUGGAAAUAGAAAGUUGUGGGACAGACAAAGAUAAGAUGAUGCAGAAAAACAAAAGCAUAUUUCAAAAUUGGCCAUUAAUGUCAUCUAUAAUUAUAUAUUGUGUUUUUUCACUGCAUGACGUUGCUUAUCAAGAGGUUUUCUCAUUGUGGGCACUCAGUCCUACAAGAUUAGGUGGUUUAAACUUCACAAGUGAUGACGUUGGUAUUGUACUCGCAAUUUCAGGUGUUGCUAUUACAAUCUACCAGCUUAGCCUUUAUCGAUUAGUGCAGAAAGCUUGUGGACCUGUUACUCUGGUGCAAAUAACUGGGGUUUUAUCCAUACCUCUCUUGCAAUGUUAUCCUUUGAUGACAAUGUUGUCUGGUUUCACACUACAACUAGUGAUCAAUGUUGCCUCCAUUCUGAAGAAUGUAAUGAUUGAGACAAUUGCAACUAGUUUGUUCCUUCUGCAAAACAAAGCAGUGGAACAACAUCAAAGAGGAACAGCUAAUAGUAUUGCCAUGACUGGUAUGUCAGCAUUCAAAACAAUUGGUCCUGCUAGUGCUGGUGCCUUAUUAUCUUGGUCACAAAAGCAUGUUAAUGAUUCUUUUCUUCCAGGCACCCAUGUAGUGUUCCUAGCCCUGAAUGUUGUUGAAGGACUUGGGAUAUUGUUGAUGUUCAAACCAUUUUUGAGUGUGAAGAAUGAAACACCAUCUGAGUAGUAACCCUAAUAUUAAUAAAUUUUAUAUAAGGGGUCAAACAUUUAGGGAUAAAUUGUAUUAAUUGAUUUUUGAGAGAUCAUAACUAACAAUAUGUAUGAUGAAAUUAUUCUGGAU